GGCUGUCAAUCAUUUUCCAGUGGUCAUGGCCACAGCCACCUGCUAAGCAGAGCAGCUGUCAACUCUUAGCCAUGUAACACCUGCAGUGCUGACGUUUACUGAGGUCUAACACAAGAAGACCUAACCAGCUGUUUUACCUCCUAUUCUCCCAGACUUGAGGACCGUAUAGGCUACUGCCAUGAAGCUGAAGCUGCCUAACCCGGGUCUGGAUGACCGGAUCCCAUCACAUGCCGACCUGGAGAAGCUGGAGGUGGAGGAGGCGGACAGCAGACCCAAGUGGGACAACAAAACCCAGUACAUGCUCACCUGCGUGGGGUUCUGUGUCGGGCUCGGAAACGUCUGGCGCUUCCCCUACUUGUGCCAGAGCCAUGGAGGAGGUGCUUUCAUGAUCCCCUUCCUUAUCCUGCUGGUUCUGGAGGGCAUCCCUCUGCUGCACCUGGAGUUUGCCAUCGGCCAGAGGCUCAGGAGUGGCAGCGUGGGUGUGUGGGGGGCCAUCCAUCCAUGCCUGGCUGGCGUUGGGGUUGCCUCCAUGAUGGUUUCCUUCAUGGUCGGCAUGUACUACAACACCAUCAUCGCCUGGGUCAUGUGGUACUUCUUCAACUCCUUUCAGGAUCCCCUGCCUUGGAGUCAAUGUCCACUCAAUGAAAACAUGACAGGUGUGGUGUCAGAGUGCGCUGGCAGCUCCUCAGUUGAUUACUUCUGGUACAGAGAGACCCUGAACACAUCUGCAAGCAUUGAGGACUCUGGAGGCCUGCAGUGGUGGAUCGUCCUGAGCCUGGUCUGCGCCUGGGCCGUCCUCUAUGUCUGCUGCAUAAGAGGCAUUGAGACCACGGGAAAGGCCGUGUACGUCACCUCCACUCUGCCCUACGUGGUUCUCACCAUCUUCCUGAUUCGAGGUUUGACCCUCAAGGGCUCCACCAGUGGAAUUGUUUUCCUCUUCACUCCGAAGCUAGAGGAGCUGUUGGACCCUAAAACCUGGUUGGAUGCAGGUGCCCAGGUGUUCUACUCCUUCUCAUUGGCUUUUGGUGGUCUCAUCUCCUUCUCCAGCUACAACUCUGUCCACAACAACUGUGAACAGGAUGCGGUCAUUAUUUCUGUGAUCAAUGGCUUCACGUCCGUGUAUGCUGCCAUUGUCAUUUAUUCCAUCAUAGGCUUCUGAGCCACAGAGACGUUUGAUGCAUGUCUCAAUGGAAAUAUCUUGGCUUUGUUGAAUGCCUUUGAUCUUCCUGAAGGAAGCAUCAGUGAAAGCAACUAUGAUGAGACUUUCAGCCAUCUCAAUGGCACCUCACCAGAUGUCAUUCAGGGGUUGAACCUGGCGACUUGUGAUUUACAGACUUUCCUCAGUCAGGGUGUGGAGGGCACGGGCCUUGCCUUCAUAGUGUUCACAGAGGCCAUCACCAAGAUGCCCGUCUCCCCACUGUGGGCUGUGCUCUUCUUCAUCAUGCUCUUCUGUCUGGGGCUGUCCACCAUGUUUGGCUCCAUUGAAGGGUGUGUAGUGCCAUUGCAGGAUCUCAAUAUCUUCCCAAAGCGUUGGCCUAAAGAAGCCCUUACUGGUGUGGUUUGCCUGGUCUCCUUUGGCAUUGCGCUCAUCUUUGCCCAGGGUUCUGGUAACUACUGGUUGGCUCUGUUUGAUGGGUUUGCCGGCUCUGUCCCUCUUCUCAUCAUUGCAUUCUGUGAGAUGAUGGCUGUCAGCUACAUCUAUGGGAUUGACAGGUUUAACGAAGACAUUGAGUUCAUGAUCGGCCACAAGCCGAACAUCUUCUGGCAGGUCACAUGGAGAGUGAUCAGUCCCCUGCUGGUGUUCCUGAUCUUCGUCUUUUACCUCGCCACCACCGCCACCCAGGAACUCACCUACAUCACCUGGAACCCUGAAUAUGAUGACUUUCCAAAUCUGGAAACACGCUUCUAUCCUCAGUGGAUGUACGCCAUCAUAUUCAUCCUCGCCGGCGUUCCGGCCCUGAUGAUUCCAUUCGUGGCGGUGUACAAGCUCAUCCAGAUAUACUGCUACGGAACGAAAGACACGAAGAGUAGUGUCAGCUCAGUAUCUGCUAAGGUACAAUUGUCUGAGAUAAGGACCUGAAUGGCCAUAAAUGCCCUUUGAAAAGACACUUGGUGUUCUUGCCACAGUCUUUAAUAGACUAUCAAGAGACUAUCAAUAAUUAAUCUCUUGCCACAUGAGGAGCCACAUGUGGACUUGUCACGAGAGUGACUAAAGAAGAUGACUCCAGUUUUUUGUGAAUGAUGCCUAUUGCAUGGAUGUAUUGAUCAAGAGCUGUAGUUAAAAAAAAGAUGUACUACAUCUUCCCAUCCUGAAAUAAAUCCGAAUGCAAUGUGGAAAGGACAUACUCAGGAAUUAAGAUGUACAAAAUUCACAGACAAGUUAUUAAACACAAUCUGAAAAAUACAUCGCUAUGCUAAAUGUAGGUCCAGCUGUUUGGUUAGAAACAUGACUACAUGACUGUGUUUAUGUAGUUCCAGCUGUUCAGUUAGAAAUGUGACUACAUGACUGUGUUCAUCAAAUGGUGUCAUUAAAGUCCAGUUUAUAUAUUUAAUAGUUUUGUGGAAAAAAUGUGUUGUUAAUAUACUGAAAGUAAAAGUAAAUUAAAGUGGGUUUUGAAAUAAACAUUCAUUAUAUACUGUAUGUAUUGUGUAGAAUAAAUGUAGGCACAUUAUCCAUCAGGGUUGGGAAGGUUACAUUAGAAAUGUUAUAUAGUAGAUUACAGAUUAUUAUUCUCCCUGUUAAUGUAAUAAGCAAUGUAACUAUUUCACUUAAUCAAAGUAAAGCAACUUAUUACA